UGAGGGACCGCGAGGGUCCCGGGUUAAAAACGAGAUGCCUGGCCAAAGCUCCGAAUUUAAGGUUUGCCUGUCGGGGCCGCUUCCCUUCCUUGCGUUCAACGACCGUCAUUGAGCAGCGAGGUGGACGGGUGGCCUGGGGCCGACUACUCAUUAGAACUGGCUCGGGUUCGGCAUGCCGAACAGCUUCCCGGUUUCCCUUGCACCCGGUCUCCACCAUUCCGGCAUCAUCACUACAGUACCUAGAUUUAAUGUAUUAGGCCCUCUCCUCAGAACCGGAAACCCAAGGUCCUGACAUCACAAACCUACCCUCUUUUCGAGUUCGUUGCCUUCUGCCUUUUUCAUGGCAUUAUCAUCGAUUCGACGCCAGACGAGAGAGCAUUCAACACACACAUACACAUAGACGCACGAGAUAGACUGCCGCCACCAUGAUACCGCCAUCCCGUCUCCGCCGGGGGCCAACCCGUUGGCACUUCGACAUGGACAAGUAUCUCAACCCCUUGCUCCCGCCCUCCUGCCUGCCCUACCUGCCCGCCCCGGUCGCCCACUUCCUCGGGUACCGCACCCGCCCGCCACGGCCGUUGGGCAACCUAGCCAUGAUCUUCUGGGCCGUCGUCGGCGUCUUUGCCAGCCUGGCCAUCAUCGGCGCCGUGGACCAGGCGAUACCGGCUUUUCAGGCCCGGGGUGCGCCCAUCAUCAUCGGCAGUUAUGGCGCCGCAGCAGUCCUCGAUUUCUACGCCAUCGAGUCCCCGCUGGCCCAACCCCGCAACGCCGUCCUAGGCCAGAUGGUCUCGGCUCUCACCGGCGUGGCCGUCUGCAAGCUGUUCGCCCUGUCGCCGCACUUUGAGGCCGUCCGCUGGUUGGGGGGUUCGCUGGCCUGCGCCUGCGCCACUGCCCUCAUGGCCCUGACCGGCACCGUACACCCUCCAGCUGGCGCCACCGCCCUGAUGGCGGUCCUGGACCCGAACGUAGCCGGCUUGGGCUGGUUCUUGUUCGUGCCCUUGAUGCUCGGCUGCGCGCUGAUGCUCGUGGUCGCCCUGCUUGUGAACAAUAUUCAGCGGCGGUUUCCGUACUACUGGUGGACUCCCGGGGAGACGGGCACGUUCUGGCACCGGCGGGAAGAACCGGGGGCGGAGAAGGAGAAGGAGGCCGAAGAGGAGAGGGAGGCGAGUCCGGAGCGGCAGAGGCAGCGUGGCGAGGAGUCGAGCGGGAGCAGCAGCUCCGGGGACCUGACCCAAACCGUGUCCCGGAUCGUGACGGUCCUGAGCGGGAAGGAGGGAGAGAUCGUCAUUAAACGGGGGCGCGUGAUGAUCCCAGACGGGCUAGAUCUUAGACAAGAGGAGAUUUUGUCGUUAGAGACGCUAAGCGAGCGGCUGUGAUAAUUAGACAGGGCUCGGGACAUGGAUAGGCAUCGAUAGAGGCUAAAAUAAUGAUUAAUUAUGAUAUUAUGGC